AUGAAUUCCGUUUUCCGAUUGACACCUCGUUUGAGCAACAUGCAACAAACACGCUUAUAUUCCACCGCCAAUACAAAAAUGGGAGCCGGACGUGGAGGUGUUAUUGGAUUUCUUUUAGGUGUAACCGCAGCUGGUUCAGCCGGAUAUUAUUAUCUUUUGGGUGAAUAUAAUAAUGCAUCUGAGGCACUUUUAAUAUCUGUUCAAGAACUUCAAGCAUCCACUGACAAGGUCAAGGAUUAUGCACGCCGCAUUGAGGCAGUGGAUAGAGAUGUGGCCAAGUUAAAGGAGACUACAGCCACUAAGAAACAAUUGAGUGAUUUGAAGGUCGACUUUAGAAAAUUAUAUGAUACGCUUAAUAUCGAACAUCUCGAAUUAAAGACUCAUGUUUGGGGAUUAGAAAAGGAUCUGGGUCAUACAGCAGUUGUUGUAGAAGAAAAGAAGGAUUGA